AUGAUUAAAUUAUUUUCUUUAAAACAGCAAAAAAAGGAUGAGGAGGGGUCGACACGAGCAGGUGGAUCACAAAAGAAAGCAUCAGCGGCACAGUUACGGAUUACAAAAGAUCUAAAUGAAUUAAAUUUACCCAAGACCUGUACUACAGAGUUUCCCGAUCCUGAUGAUUUACUCAACUUUAAACUAAUAAUCUGCCCUGAUGAAGGGUUUUAUAGGGGAGGACGUUUUGUAUUUAGUUUUAAGGUAGGACCAAAUUAUCCCCAUGAACCACCAAAAGUGAAGUGUGAGACCUCAGUAUAUCACCCUAAUAUAGAUUUAGAGGGCAAUGUCUGCCUUAAUAUACUCAGAGAAGACUGGAAGCCAGUGCUCACUGUUAAUUCUAUAGUCUAUGGAUUACAAUAUUUAUUUUUGGAACCAAAUCCUGAAGACCCACUCAAUAAGGAAGCAGCCGAUGAGUUGCAGAGUAACAGAAGACUGUUUGAACAGCACGUCCAGAGAGCCAUGCGUGGUGGUUAUGUCGGAACAUCAUACUUCGAACGGUGCCUAAAGUGA